CAGAAAAGUAUUUUCCAAAGUUCUACAUGGUAUCGGAGCAAAAGUUCCUAGGGUUCCAUUUCCGCGCCUAGGGUUUCAUCAUCAACGUCGUCUGUCCGUUAAGUGGGUCCGGCCAAGUUCCUCCGGCCAAAUUCCAGGUCCGGCCGUCGUCCUUAUCUACCCAGUCAAAUCACCGUCGUGGUGCACUGUCCAGCGCCAGUAGUGUAGCGAUUGAUUGGGUUCGUCCAUCAUGGCAUCUAAGAAGAUUGGGUUUCCAGAACAAUAUGGUCGCGGCGGAGGCCGCGGUGCAGCGCAGUGAGGUAGAGGUGGCCGUGGUGGCGGUCGGGGGAACCCCUCCCCUGGUCGCGAUGGUGGCAGAGGGACUGCCCGCCUUGGCAGCACCUCCUAUGGCGACACCCAGAAGGCAGCCCGCCCAGAGCUGGUUUCACAUGAAAAUCGAUUAUCACAGGGAAACAAUCGAUUACCAAGCCUCUCUGAACUUGGGUUUCCUGGACAAAUCAACAAGACAAUCGGUUGUCAUAAGGAUCAUGGCAUACUUUGCAUACCGCGACAAGAGGUCAGGCCUAGUGCGCCUCUUCCGCGGGCCCGUCCAAGAGCCUGCGAGAUCUAACGGGUUUUCAUCACGAGGGCUUGUGUACGUACAUGCAACUGCCCCCAAAUCCUCAUCUCUCUCUGCGAAAUUGCCUCCUUCGCUGAUCCCACAACUUGGGUCCACGAAUCCUCUAUCAUCAAAGAGGAUGAACUUCGAGAAAUGGUCGAAUUUCUGGGUAGAGGCUUCCGGAUCCACCAUCCUGAUGCUGUCGGAGGAAUCAGUCUAUCUCAUAAUCCAGACCCCCAGAAGCUUUUGGGUUCCCCCUGGUCAACUGACCGCGAAUGCGCACAAGUAUGUCGGGUCCUACAUCUUGCGGUGUUGUGCCCUGGAUAGAACCCCAACCCUAGACGAAUUCCUCGUCCUUUUCAGCAUCGGUGGGGCUUUCCCUUAUUAUAGUCUAUUCCCUCAUCCCCAAUCUCCGGUCUUUGAGAGGGUUGAGUCCAAAAUUGACAAGUGGGCCUACCGCUACUUCGUCAUCGAGUUCCCGGUGCAUAGCCCCAUAGAUUUGUCAGACGCCAGGUGGUACAAGAAGGCGGUUUUCUACUACCCUCUUGGUCCUGUCCCCAUCCCAUUUGAAGGGGUAUCUUCCCCCGAAAGGUCGAAGGCUUCUCCCGCAGUGGAAUCUCAUCCAGCUGAGAGCUCCUCAAGGAACCAGGCCCAAGGCAACGCUACUGCCUUGGCCAUUUGCAAACCGUCAGCUGCCCUAGAUGCCAUUCCCAUCUCUGCCAUUCCUGGGCUAAGGAAGCCCACACCGUCCCGGAGGCGGCCACGGGAAGGGGUCACCGAUGAUGACUUCCUCCCGAAGAAGAGUAAAGGUGAUGGUAUUCUUGCUUCGCCCAGCCCCCUGAUUGCCUCUUCUGGUACUCAGAAUACCACCACUGCUACUGCAUCCGGAGGUCUGGAGUUGCCCAACCCGGAUAGCCUGGAUCGUGAAGCAGAUGAAUUUCCUGAACAGGCAGCACUCAAAAGACCAGCGUUAUCCCUUUUCUUGACAUCUCCCUCUCCUUUCCGGGCCCAACAAUCACUCCUCACCCUGAUUGAGGAGUACCUGGGUGGAGCAUGGGGAAAUUAUCGGGCCAUGGUGCUCUUGAAGGAAAAGGAGUUGGCCGCCAGGGCUCUACAACGGAGAGUUGGUUCCCUAGAACAACAAGUCCAGGCCCUUCAGGAAGAUAAUGCCAAGGUCAAUGCAGAUGGCUCGGCGGAACUGAAGGCUGAAAGGUCCAGGGUCAAGUCCCUACAAGAGCAGAUUGCUAUCUACCAACAGGGGACCGAGGAUCUGGAAAUGCAGUUCGACAAACUCCGGGCACAAAUCUCGAGCCUUGAGUCAAAGGCCUCAGCUUUAGAAGACAAAGUGGGGAGUCUAAAAGCCGAACUGGUUGAAAGGGAAACUGCCAAUGAGCUCAUGUCGAAACAAGAGGGUGCCCAUUUUAGCGAUCUCAUGUUGAAACACAUCGGGGCGAAACGGCUUGCCCUCGAGAAAUUGGAGAAGGAGAGGAAAACUUCCAAUGAGCUCCGGUCAAAGAUGGGAGAACUGGAGAAGACUAUGGCUUCCCAUCAAGAGGAGGUGGCUGCCUUGACCGCCCGGGCUGAGGCCCUUUACGAAGAUGGAAAAUUUGACAUGCAACACUGCAUCUACGAGGCAAUCCGGAGCGGUCUCCCGGCCCACCAGUCCUUGGAUGACUUCAUCUCCUACUAUGGCUUGCCUCUUCCUCUUCCUCCCCCAGAUUCUCAUGCCAAUCAGGAGCCUUGAUUUCCUUUCUCUCCAACAAUUGUUGUAAUUUUAUUUUGUAACAUUUAAAGGGUAGCAACUUGGUAACGCUUGUAGCACUUUGUCCUUUUCCAGUGUCUCUUUUGUAUUUACAUCCCUGUAGACUCCUUCCAUUGAGCUAACUGUUCUCUUUUU